CAGGAUGCUGAAUCAGACAUAAAUGAGGACAUUUCUUCUCUCACCUGUGUGUCAUCAGCUCAGUUGAGAAAGCUUUGUAGACACUUGGAAAUGUUUCAAUGAAUUUUAUGGAUCACAGCAAUCCCAGGUGGGAAAACAGGAAGACAGACAUGCUGAGGAGGAGAAAAUGGAUGAUUCUGCCAGAGCCCGACAGUCACACGCAGGGAAUGCAGCCAAAAGCAAAGCAUGUUUUAAUUCAUGGAGGGAAGGAGACUGAAUAUCUUGGAGAUCGAAUAGAAAUUAAGCAACGUGUCCUAUAGCAGGUCUGUAAUCAGUCUUCCCAUUAACAUAUUAAUGAAGUGGUAGAGACGAAAAUAAGGAAGAUUUAUCCCUCAAACCAAGGACUUGUCAUGUCUUAUUACAAUGAAGCCUUUGAAAAUCCAGACUACCACUUCUCAGAGACACUGGAAAUUGAUAGAAGGAGGAGUUCUCAAAAGAAUCCGUUCUCUCACCAAACCCCUUAUGAUUCUUCACUGCAUGGUUCCUAUGGAGAACACAGUGGAAGAGGACAGAAUUACCCUCUGGCCAUACCAAUGGCCUCCAUGAGACAUGGCUCUGAAUACAGCGAAGGUUUACCAAGAGUUAAUGUCCUAAGCAGAAGUCCAUAUGGAAAUUCCACGGAUAAUCUUUCCUUUGAGCCUGAGCUGGAACUGGCAUACAACCCACCUUCUACCUUCCAUCUGCUGGAUCACCCCUAUACCCGCAGAAUUUCCAAUGUAUCGGAAGAUAGCUUUAUUCGGAGACGCAACAGAAGACCACCUGAUGAGAUCUUCAUGACUUCUUCCAGCCUGUUUGAAACAAAUCCAGUGUGCAAAGAAGAGGAAAAGUUAGUUGAAAAUCUUGCAAGUAUGUCCACCAGUGAAAGGAUUAAAGCAAUCCAGAAGAUGCCAGAGACCAUGAAAAAAAAGAGAGAGAUCAGGAACAAAGUUCUUAAAGAAAUAACAAAAAAAUCAAGGCACCACAGUACUCAACUUCCCUGCUGUGCACAGUGUCUGCAGGGAACAGUAGUGUCAUUUCGGCGAUUUGGAAAUAGCUUGUCAGAAUAUUUUCACCUACUGCAGUUAUGGCACAAGACUCUGAAGAUCAUUGGUGCUGAGUUUGGAACAAGUGUUCUUUCUUAUUUUAUUUUCUUGAAGUGGCUGCUAACUUUCAACAUCUUCUCAUUCCUCAUAACCUUCAGUUUCAUCACAAUCCCUCAGUUUCUUGCAGCAGAACCAAAUAACCUUUCAUUCACGGGUCUGGAGCUGUUCACUGGAGCUGGUUAUUUUCAACAAACAAUACUCUACUAUGGCUUUUACACCAAUGCUACAAUCAGUAAAAUAGAGAAUGGUCCAUCUUACAACAUGCAGCUGGCCUAUAUUUUCACUGUCGGAAUGUAUUUUGUCAUCUGUUUCCUUAUCUUGUUAUUCAGCGUGGCUAAAUCCUUCUGCAGGAACUUCAUUAACCCUCAGACAUACUCUGGAAAUGCUAGCAAACUUCUCUGCACUUGGGACUUCAAUAUAACUAAUGAAAAAGCCGUGAAGCUGAAACAAAAGAAUCUCAGCACACAAAUAAAGGAAGACCUCACUGAAGUAAACCGAGAAGUUCUAAAUUUUUCUGUAACAGAGCGCGUUGUUCGUAUUGUUAUUCAUAUUGUUUCUUGGGUUGCUUCCCUGGGCACAGCAGUAGCUGCUUGUGCUGGUGUUUACUUCCUCUGCAUUAAUAACCUAAAGCUGUUUGUGAAAGGGCGUACAAAUGACCUGGAGAGCCAAGCUGCCAUGUUGGUGCUACCUGUUGUCGCAUCUCUCCUCAACGCAUUCAUCCCGUUCUUUUACUCGUGGCUUGGACACCUGGAGAGAUUUCAGACUCCUGGGCACCAGAUAUAUGUCACUAUUACCAGAAAUAUCAUCCUGAAAAUAUCAAUUGUUGGAAUACUGUGCUACUACUGGCUUAACAUUGUGGCUGCAUCAGAGUCACAGUGCUGGGAAACUCUGGUUGGCCAAGAUAUCUAUCGUCUUGUUCUAGUUGACUUCAUAUUUUGUUUGUGUGGCUCUUUCUUUGGAGAGUUUUUACGAAGAAUUAUUGGAACUACAGUCUGUGUGAGCCUGGGUCUGCCAGAAUUUGAUAUAGGACGAAAUGUUUUAGAUUUGAUCUAUGCACAGACUUUGACCUGGAUCGCUAUCCUCUUCUCACCUCUGCUGCCUGGUAUCCAGACGAUAUCAUUUUCUAUAGUAUUUUAUGUGAAAAGGGUCAGUCUGAUGAUGAAUUGCCAACCCCCUCGCAAAGUUUGGAGAACUGCUCAAAUGACAACAUCCUUCAUGUUCCUGCUGUUUUUCCCUUCCUUCCUUGGAGUCCUGUCUGUCAUUGGAGUCACUGUCUGGAGGUUAAAACCUUCAGAAGAAUGUGGUCCUUUCAGAGGUUUGUCUUCUAUGUAUGCUGCAGUCGCUGAGUGGAUAAAAAUACUGGAAAAUUACACUGCUUCAAAAUGGGUAGUGUGGAUCUACCAUAACUUAAUUACAAGUGAACUUUUCUUCUUCAUCCUCUCCGUUCUUGUCCUAAUUAUUGCUUACCUUUACUGGCAAAUAAUAGAAGGAAGAAAGACCAUGACCAAACUCUUACGUAAGCAAAUUAUUAAUGAAGGAAAAGAUAAAAUGUUCUUACUUGAAAAACUACGGGCACUGCAAAGGGCAAAACAAACCCCAUCUGCGCCAAGAGGACAAGACCAGCAGAGAAGCUCUUCUUCAUACCACCAGUCCAGGCAACCUGCCCAGCAAGUGCCAGGCUACCCAGGAAGGGCAUUUGACAGAAAUCAAAAUGCAUCCUACGACGAGUAUCCCUAUUCUGCUGGAAUCUUGAGAGGGACUGGCUUCCCACGAGAUUCAGAGACGUCCCAGCGCAGCGGCAGGCCAGGCGUGUCUGAGGCAGUGGCGCUCGCUCUGCGUGCUAGAGAAGCAGCUCAGUGGGAAGACGAAGAUGACGACAAAGACUUUUGACCAUGAGCAGGCAGAAUCGAUUAUAAAUGUUAAGUCAUUGACUGGUGUUCCGCAGAAAGCAAUACUCAUUUGUGCUAAUGACUGAAAGAACCAUUCAAACAUUUUUUUUUUACCCCUAAAUGGAAGAAAAAAAAUAGAAGAACAGAUUGCAAAAUGCACCCUGACUGCAGUUUAUUAUUACGAUAGUGAAUACCCUGCGUGUGUGGUUGGUUUUUGAAGUAGUGAUAUUCUGGUGAUAAUCAGCCUUCCCCCAGGACUGGCCGGUACCUCGAUACAGCAAGGGUCCCUCCACAGCUGGUCACUUGUUGUUGACUAAGUAUAAGGAAACUCGUGUGUCACUGUAAACAAAAGCUUUGGUCUAAAAAUAUUUUUUUAUCAGUUAUAUUGUUCAAACUGCUUUUAUCUGAUCUAAACCAAAAGCAAAGUAUUGGUCAAAUAAAAAUAGAAGGAAAUUAAA